UGGAUACUCUUGGAGUGCUAAAUGCUGGGCUGCUCUUGGAGUAGACUAAUUUCCUCGUCAUUUUGCAAUAGAUGCUAUUAGAUCAAUCCCAUUAKAUCAUUGUUUUCUGAAUUAGUAGUUUUUAAUAAUGAUCUAAUAGCACUUUUUUUUUCUGUGGGUUUUACGUACACCAAAAGYUGUCUUUUAUACCAGAUCAAUUGGAGAAUGUUCAUUUUACUACAUUCUCAUUUUAAUACAGUUUUUUUUUAUAUUCAGCACGAUCCCAUUUGAUUGUCAUGUUGCUAUUUUGCCAAUUUGUUUUUAUUCCUACUCUGAUUAUUUCUCUUCGUCUCUGAAAAUCAGUUACCUUUGUCUGGCACAGGAGGACUGACAGAGACUAGAACAGAAAGUUUCUAGGUUCRAUCUUCUGCUGCUCUGUACUCUUUUGGUGAUAUACGUCAAAAGGUACAGUUGGGCAAUAGACUUGACAUCUAAGUGGAUAGUUUGUUUACCUGAUGUAUUUGACAACAGUUUAUGAAAUGUGGUCUGCAAAGGACGAGAUGAAUUAAUCAAAGAAGAAAGGCCCCUGUUAUAACAGUGGAGAGGUGCUGGAGUCUGAAGAAUGAAGAUCUCUGAGUUGGUGGAAAGGACUCAGUGAAGACUGCGAAGCACAGGGGAUGCAGACCUGAACGGUUCCUGAGAUCUUCCCCUGUUUUCCCAUACCCAUAGUGCUGCCAGGCAGCUUUACUGCAACCUGCAGUACCAUGGAUGAACAGGACAAUGAUUUUAAAGAAUUGUGGGCGAAUAUUUUGGGUAGGGCAAAGAAAAAAAAUGGGGAUACUGAAGCAGCAAAGAGGGUUCAGAAAUGGACAAAGACCACUACAAGAAGCAAAUUAACAGGCAAAACUGUUUCUAGGAGCCAAAUUGAUCAUUGCUUUCCAGUAGUAAAGGGAAAAGACUUGCCACAAAAUUUGGGUUCUAAGGUGCUAACAGGAGUGCAUGAAGAAGAUGAUGAUACUGUGGCCUGCAGUAGUGGUGGGACAUCACAAGAAGAUAGGAGAAGCCCUCUCCCCGACAGCCAGCUGGGCACCGUGGCCAGUGACUCUACCAAGAGGAGUCUGACAGUGAGUGCUCUGAGUGCCUGUUCCCAGACUACAUUAUCCUUCCGUCCUGCUACGCAGCCAGAGACCUGCUCUUCAGACCUCUUGAAGACACCGCUGCAGGCUGGGUCGAAGGUGCGGACAGCAAAGCUGGUGGUGGAGAGAAUGCAGCAGUUCAAGAGAGUGGCACCUGAGCAGCUAAAACACAACCUGGGAGAUAGCUUGCCCAUGUCUGCAGCUCGUAGGAAUUCCUCUGAUGAAACUGAGGAAGAGAACCGGGAGAAAGUUCCCCUCGAUCUUCUGCCCACAAAGGAGGAUGGUGCUUUGGCUUUUGCCCUUCAGCAGAAGAUCAAGGAGGAAGUCCCUGAAAGCCUGGAGGAGGAAGACUUGUUUUUCUGUCAGAUCUGCCAGAAGGAUCUUUCAGCCAUGAACACGACACGACGAGGGCAGCACAUUAAUAGGUGUCUGGAUGAGCUGGAGGCAGCCCAGAGCUCCUCCUCCAGCAAACCAGCAAUCCCCGAUUGUCCGAUCUGUGGCAAACAUUUCCAAACUUCCCAGAGCCGAUCUACUCACUUGAAACGCUGUGCGGUGGAGAUGGAUGUUCCUCCUAAAAUGCUGCUUCAGGCACUGCAGGUGCCCCAGCUUGGUGUUGCUUCUCUUAAGUAUCCUAGCAAUCAACCAAACACGUCAAAGCGCAAAGGGAUCUCCAAAGAUGAGUCAAAGGAAAAGAAAAAGAGGGCCAAAAUGGAAACUAAGGAUGAAGAUCUGCAGGUUGCUAUGGCAAUGUCACGCUCUCUCUUGGAGCAGGAAAAGCGUGAACAAGCAGCAAUAGCUGCCAAUGUGAAACCCGUGGCUGCUUUGCCAAUCAAAUGGAAGCCAGGAUCAGAGAAAAAAACACGUAGAAGAGGCUCAGCUGCUCCUCCAGCAUUGCUGCUGCAGGAUCCAGAGCGGGUCCGCAAAAGGACYGAAGAGCGAGUGGCCAUGCUGCUUACCCAGGAGAUGGAGUUCCCUCCCACCCCUCRGCUUCCUGCCAGUAGGAUUUUGGAGGAUGGAUCUGGGAAAGCAGACUGGCUCAUGCCAUUGCCCAGAAACAAGGACUGCUUUUUGUGGAAUAGCAGUGCUCUAACAGGGCCCUGUGACCCUGAGUUGUUCUACACUGCUGAGCUGACCCCUCCAAUUGUACCUUGCAAAACUGUGCAGAAUUAUAAGUCAGAGACUGUUCUGCCAUCAGUGGGAUCUGAUCAGCCAGAAGUAUCUCAGCAGCUUCAACCUGAUCUCCUUCCUCAUGAUCUUGCUUCUACAGAGACUAAAGUCAGAACUACUGAUGAAGCCAGCACAGACUCUGAAGGGGCUGGACAGUUUUCAUCUCAGAGCCAGAAGGACAUUCAGACUCUCCAGGACCUGGUUGAGUUGGCCAGGGAAGGACAAACUCUUACUCAAUGGAGCCUUGAUGUUAACCACGCUCAGGAAGUAGAGCAGCCAAGAAAAGAAUUGACUUCCACUGAUACUUCACUUAGUGGCUUUGUUCCGCCAUCCAAAGAGAAGAGAUUUCUGAGAAGCAACGAUAUAAAUUCCUCUCUCAAGAUGCUGGCAGCAGAUUUCAGUGUCAUGGUCAACAACCCCCACUUGAGUGACGUGCAGUUUCAGGUGGACUCUGGAGAAAUCCUUUAUGCCCACAUGUUUGUGCUGUAUGCRCGGUGUCCUCGGGCUGUUCAGCUGGUUUACAACGAAGGGUUGUUUGUGAAGGAGGAYGGGAGUGAGCAGACACGCCGAGUGCUGCUGAGUGACGUGACGGAAGAGGCAGCCUGUGCAUUCCUGCGAUAUCUUUAUGCUGCUGAUGCUGACGUCCCUGCUAGAAUUCUGCCCCAGCUAAGAGCUUUGGCUACCAGGUUUGGUUUAAGGGAACUUCUGGUCAAGUGUGAGGACUGCGCUGGAGAGAGUCAAGUGUCUUCUGAAGUGGAUGUAGAAGAUGAUCUCAUCUCUGUGAGGGAUGACGAAGAUAAUGACAACAGAGCUGAGAACUUCCAAGAGCUCCUGAACUCAGUGUGGGUGGGUGAAGAUGAGGAAGAAGAAGCUAUGCUAAACCCUGCAUGCCAGAARGAAGAUGACAAUGGGGUGGGUGAACAGGAGCUGGAGGAAAUAUAUGAGUUUGCUGCAACUCAAAGAAAAAUGGUUCAGGAUGAAUUGGAGAUGAGUGAAGGCACAGAUUUCAACAUCUGCAGUGAUACUGAGGUAGCCCAAGGUGUCAGCCAGCAGACUAGGAAAGAUGAGGCAAAAAGGUCUGUGUCCACCGUGCUAAGCAAUGACUACAAACAUCUAAGGGAAGACAGUGACAUGGAAACAUCCAAUUGUGACUUGUCUGAAGAAGAGAAAAUGCAGAAUACAAGUGGAUGCAAAAAUGUGAAUGCCACAGACAUUAAUUCUGAGCCUUGCCAAUUUGAACCUCAGAAGUGUGUUAGGAGCUUGAAAAGCGGGAAAGAUUUCAAGUUGUCUCAGGCUUCACAUAAUGUGGGAGAGGGAGACCACUUGGAAGAAAAACAGUUCACCGGCUUGCACAAGGAUACUGAUAGGAAUGAACACUGUGAGCCUUCUCCAAUGAAAGAAGUUAUCAAAGAGUCAGGAAAGACUGUUAGUGAAAAACAUGCUGAUGUUAAUGAUUUGCUUGCUUACACCAAGUCACAAAAAGAUCUUUUUCCACACAGAGAUAGCUUUUGUGGCAGUUCUCCUCCCAAAGCUUAUAUGCCUUUUUUUCCUGCAACUGGUUCUUCAUCUAUGUCUCCAGAAUCAAACUGGAAAUUUCCCAGAGAAGCAGAAACACCAGAGAGAAAUCAAAAAUCCUCCCCAUCUCCCAAAAUAGCUUUCCAGAAAGGCAAUGAGCAGGACCUUACAUCAGGAAAUGGGAACACAGAGAGCACAAUUUCUCCAGAAGAGCUUUCCUGCACUGAUCUAAAUGGGCAUAAAUAUGCUUCAGUUUUGUCAGCACCAGUCAUAAGAACUCAGGAUGUUGCAGUCCAGGAGAGGAAGGAAGCCGAUAUUAUUAUUUUAUCUUCUGAUGAUGAAAUGGAGCUAGAACAAGAGAGGAGGUCACCGCAGUUGGGCUCUCCUGUGAAGGAAAUGGAARUCUCCAAGCAACUGAAAAGUGGUAGUGUAGAACAUGGUCCUGGGAUCCCCAUACCUGAGAAUAACUCCCCAUCUAUCACUGAGAUACAGCUGAGAUCAUCCCGGGUCUCAUGUCUCAUUACAGAUGUGUCACAUACAAAUAAUGAUGUAAAGAUGUCCAGAGAGUUGCCUCUCAGCAGCCAAGUGGGUGCUUGCAUAGAGAGCAAACAGAGUCUGAACCUGAGCCAUGAAGAAGGGCAGAGUCGCGAGGAGUCUUUGGGUAUGGACAGCUCCUGGCUAGUGCCAGACACACCACUUCAGAACAAAAGCAGAAAUAUCUCAACACAGACACAGGUCACAAGUGUAAACUGUGUAAAGAAAUCCAGGUCUCAACUCAAGGCGAAGAGCUUAGUGGCAGGUAAAAGUGACCAUGAAAUGGCCAUCAGCCUCAUAAAAGUUCCUGAAAUGUCACUGUCAGAUAAACAGUUGCCUAGGGAGAACUCAGCUGAUGAAAGGAGACCUUCCAACAGCCAAGCAACAGAGUCAUCUUCCACUGACACCUCAUUAGCUUCUCCAGAGGAUUCACAUCUUUCCCUCGGCUACACCAGCAUGGAAAGAAAAUGUGCCAAGAGCUCAUCAGUGWCCAAACCUGUGUCUCCAUGUCAUGAACAGGCACUGGAAGAUGAAACAGAUACCAAUGUGGUUGAGAUAAAGGACAGCGAAAGCGAAGAGCAAACAAGUCGGCUUUCUUUGGGCAGCAGUGUCUUGCUUCACGACGAGCCUCCAGUCCCUGUUGAUGACUUCUGGCACACUAAGUAUCUGUCACCAUUGAGAGGUAACAACCAGAACUCCAGCCCAACUGGCUGUGCAAGCCCAAGCCCUGCCGGCAGCCCCAGAUCUGACUCUUGGCCUGUCAAAUGGGAGAGCCCGGCCCAAGCCCAGGGAAUCAAGGGCAGUACCCCUCUUCAGGGAAGUCCUAGUGACRGAGCAACAACUUUGCUUCACCUCGAAAAGAGCCCUAUUGAGGCAUGGUCAUCAGAAGGCGGCAGGGAAAGUUUCCUGAACACCAAAUUCUGGGAAGAUUUUCAUAAUGAAGAAGAUGAAUCCCCAGAGAUGCUUCCUGUACCUCAGAAGGGGUCAGCUUCAGCAGAUGUCCGUCAGACAGACCUUGUAAAGACUCCUGAACCUACCUGUCAAGAGAGGGACAAGUCUCCUGAGACUCCUAUGACACCAAUGCCAGAUUAUUCCCUUAUGGAGACCCCACAACUAAAGAAGGAGUUGAGCAGAUUUGGAGUUCGUCCUUUCCCAAAACGCCAGAUGGUGUUAAAGUUGAAGGAGAUAUUCCAGUAUACGCACCAGGACGUGGAUAUGGAUGUGGAUGCUGACAUAGUGGACGAUAUCCCAUCCUCCCAGUUUCCCUCGCAGAAGCCCCCAGCCAAACACCGUAGGCAGACRAAGACAAACAGGACCACAGGUGGAAAACGUGCCAAAACCUCAAAAACUGUGAGGAAAAAGCAACAGGCUGUUAGGGCCUCCUCAGCGCUGGCUGGGCACGGUGCUGGSGGUGAGGAUUUGAUUGCACCCCCUGCAACAGGCCCGGCAGCAGCUAAGAAAGGGACUAAAAGGACAUCUCAGGCCAGAGGAACCAAGGAACAGAAGACAUCAACUGUAUCUCCCGACAGGGGCACUCUGCUAGCUGAUGAGGCGGAGCUGAUGCUCUCAUCAUCUCAGGAAUCUUCAUAUUCCUCACUGGAUGGCAGCGACGUCUCUAUCGCAAUACAGAGUUCCUUUUUCACUGUGUCUGAAGAGGAGGAAGAGGAGUUCCCAGCUUCUCAGGCAGCAGCCCGGGAGGCGGAAACGCUGGAGGCGGUGAGGAACUACAUCCUUUCCAACCCAGCCCUGUACCACAAGAUCCUCUUUUAUGAGCCAGUUGAGCUGGCUGCACUGCACCUAGAGCUGAAAGGGAACGGCAUCAAGAUUUCCAAGGCAAAGCUGCUGGAUUUUUUAGAUGCUCAAUGUAUCACCUUCACCACGGCCGCAGAGCGGAAGGAGAAGGAAGCCAAACAAAAGAGGAACAAAAAACAGAGGAAACGAUACUGAAUGGAGGCCUCUCUCCCAUUUCCAGCAGCAGUUGCACAGGUGCCUCCUAUUGGUGCCCUUCUCCCCUGCUUCUUCUCCUCUUUAUCUCUGCUUUCCAUUUUUUUCUGAUAAAUUUUAGGUCCCUGUUUCCUUCCUGACUCUUUAGACCCUUCAGGAAGUUAUUCAGUAUCUGAGUGGCCCUACUGUUUGCCAAGGCAGGGGGACACUGUGGAAAUGAGGGUUCUGCUCCCCUAGGUUCAUCUGGCAGUCUCUGGUAAAACUCCUAAAUCUGUGUUUCUGAAACAGCUGUACAACAAUGCAGCUGUUUUUCUAAACUGUAUCUGAUGACUUCUCAGUGUCCUGUGACACCAGGUACUGAGUGCAAGCCUGGAUUCCAACGUGUGUGUCCAGCAUGCAGCAGGUGCUUGCAUGCUGGGAUGUCCAAGAUAUUAUCUGCUCCGUUUUCUGAGGGCUGUGUUUGUUACCUUGUUGUUGUAGCUAGAGCAGAACAAAUCCUUGAGAGAUAAUUUUUAUUAAGGAGGUGGUAUAGUGACCACUGGACUUUGCAGCACUUCUUGUAUCAUGAUCUAAAAUCUCUUCCUUGAGCAGUCUGUUCUUAAACCUAUUGUAAAAGAAGUUGUGAACAACAUAUGGAACUCUUGGACCCUAAAAGGUUGACUUUUUAAUGUAUUUUGUGAGCUCUUCGGACUUGCAUGCAUUUGA